AUGUUCAUCCAUCUCCUCAUCUUCUGCUCCAUUUUUCGAUUCAAAUCACUGCUCCAUCUCUCAUCUUCUUCCUCGUCCCUUCACUCAUCAUCAAUCACGGCGGCUAAUUUUUCGUCCUCCUCCCAGAGCUCGUCCGAUUUUACCCCCGCGCAUCCAUUUACGGUGGCCGGAGGAUCAUCUGCGCAUCGAUGCCGCGGGUUCGAUCUGUUGGUAAAAGCGAUUCACCAGGUGGAUGCCGGCUCGGCCGUCGGCGUGCCGUACAUACAGCGUCGGUUCACUUCAUCAGCUCACAUCCAUUAA